CCGCCACACACCACACAGCAUGGCUCGCACUAGACAAAGUUUGCCUCUGGUUGUCUUGGUGGUGUUCACUAUCUUCAUGCAGUUUCUUCCUACUAAUGCUCAGAUCACAUUUUCGCGGGACUGGAAGAAUGGAAAGCGCUCCUCGGUCGGGGCCCUGACUUGUCCUGACUCAAUGCCUCCUCCCAUAGCCAUCUGCCACACUCUCAUGAGUGAGCUGAGAGCUGCUGCAGUGUGUGAGGCUAGACGACUACUCAGGACUCAGGACAACAAGGACACCAAACUGCAGGACGUCUACCCUGGUGAAGCCAUAAUGGACAACAAAAGAUAGUUCUGUACAAGUUGUAAAAUCAGCUAAUAGUUAUGUUUCAGUAAAUAAAUAAUAUAAUGAAUCACUUUUUCAUUGUAACUAU